AAUACCGAUACAGUGUUAAGAAGAAUGUCAGUAAGAGACAACACUUUAUUUUUCCGUGUAUCCGGUUAUAAAUUUCGAAAGAAACUCGUCAAAUUUUCACGAAUCAAGACUUCAGUAGUAAAUAAAUUUUGAAAUAUGUUUCGCCUUUUUGCGGUAGUGACGGUGCUCUUUAUAACGACUGACGCGCAAUUGCAGAGGAUUCCAUUGUACAAGAUGGAUUACAUUCGACAAUCUUUGGAAGCAGUUGACACCAAGUUGGAAGAAACUUUUUUGUUAAGUGACGAUUUUCCUUCAGAAAAUUUGACCAAUUACAAAAACAUAAUUUAUUAUGGCAUUAUUAGAAUUGGAACACCGCAGCAAGAAUUUAAAGUGAUGUUUGAUACUGGUUCCGCAGAUCUUUGGGUUUUGUCCAAAAAGUGCACAUUCCCUAUUUAUUCAGGACAUAAUCAAUACGAUAGUGCAAGAUCCGAGACAUAUAAUAAUAUAGGAAAUAAUCGUCUUCUUCGUUUUGAAUAUGGCUCUUACGAUGUAGAAGGAUACUUAGCUGCUGAUAAAGUGAAUGUGGCCAAUCUCAAUGUUCAGAAUCAAAUAUUUCUAGAAGUAACUAAUGUGUUAAGAAUGAAUUCAAAUUUUUCUAAACCAUACGAUGGUGUCUUGGGUCUGAGCUAUUCCAAUAUGUCGUCUGAUAGAAUAACGCCUGUCUUCGACAACAUAAUUAAUCAAAGUCUAGUGUCAUCACGCAUUUUCAGUUUUUAUCUAAACAGAGACACUUCAGCCGAUUUAGGUGGUGAAUUGAUAUUGGGUGGUUCCGAUCCUGCUUAUUACGAAGGGGAUUUCACAUAUAUUCCUGUUACUCACAAAGAAUACUGGCAAAUUAGCAUUGAUAGGAUCAAAAUAAAAUCUGAUAAUCUGUGCGAGGAAAGCUGCCAAGCUAUCGUUGAUACAGGCUCUUCGUUAAUAUUAGGACCAAAAUUGGAUAUCGCAAAGAUUAAUACAUUUAUUGGAGGUGAUAAACGUAAAAGAGUGGACUGCAAUAAAAUUUUCCAAUUGCCUACAAUCAGGUUUAUUAUGGGUGGUAAGGCGUUCGAUCUUACCGGUAAUGAUUACAUCAUUCGGCAUCCAAAUAAUGAAAGUAUAUGUGUAACCGUCUUCGCGAAACAUCACCUAACAUAUGACAAUGAAAUAAAAUGGGUUCUGGGCAUGCCAUUUAUUGGUCGUUACUAUACCGAGUUUGAUAUGGAGGGAGACAGAGUGGGAUUUGCUUUGGCGAAAAGUUCAUCAAAAUGUAUAGAAAAUCUUUCAUUGUCACAUUUUAUUGUAUAUUUUAUCAUCAUUUUUUUUAAAUUAUUUGUUUAGUUUUCGAGAAGAAAGAAAUUUAAUUUGUUUUAAUCGACAACCGGCAAAGUUUGCAUGUCAUCAAUGUGAAUUUUUGCGCUAUAUGCACACGCUAUAUGCACUUUCACGAUGAAGUAUUGCUUUUAAAAAUUAAAACACAUAAAUGUGUUUUAAUUUUUAAAAGCAAUACUUCAUCGUGAAAGUAGUUGAUAUGAACAUAUUGUUAAUUAGAAUUUUUACGAGCAGUGUCAUUUGCUAAGUUUAUUGAUGCAUAGCUGUUUAGUCGACAUAAUCAAGCUAUUUUUUCGAAACGCUGAUUGCUCCUUCAUUAUCAUUCUUAAUCACGCGCACAUUUAAUAAUUUAUUUUAAUACAAUUUGUUUUAAUUAUGAAACAAAAUAUUAAAUAAAAUAUUUUUAAAUUUGAUUGAUCGAUAGGACGGAUGUAUUUUGUGUGCGCGCGAUUCUAUAGCAGUCGUCAAAUGUAGGUAAACGAGAGCUCUAAUAGUCGAAUACAAUUUAUUUUUUGUAUGUCGCAACGUACAGGAAGCAAUUUAUCAAAAAUUUCGAAAACACGCUUUCUCGUGGUGACUGUGGUGUUGAUAGAUGUGGAAAUCCAAAGCUAAAUUCAUACAUUGUAUUGUAUGUGCACGAUACAUAUCGAUAUAAUAAAUGUUCAUUUUUUUAAAAAUCAAUCCACCUCGUGACCACAUUCGAUUUUCGGAAAUCUAAAACCUAUGUAAAUGUAAUUGCAUUGAUAAACACCGAUGAAUCCUAAAUGGAAUUGGUUAUUCGUGCAGUGCGAUGAGCAAUAAAAGUUCUCGAUUUUAUGAUAAUGUUACAAAAAUCAUUUUCUCUUUUUAUUAUAAGUUAUCUUAUCUUAUAACUAUAUUCUUAUAAUGUAAUUAUCAUCAAUGUUUCUUGUUAUUGAAAAUUAUCUUAUUUUGAUAAAUUAAUCAGACAUUUUUAAUAAAAAA